GAUGAACGCAGUAUGUGGCAGGCUGUGGCUCUUUGGCUGUUGAUACUCGCGACUCUGCUCCGAGUAUCAGUGCAGGGUCCUCACCAGCGCUUUCUGCUCAGGGAGCUGCUGAGGGACUACAACCCCAUGGAGAGACCGGUGGCCAACGACUCCCAGACUCUCACUGUUCAGUUCUCCUUUACUCUAAUGCAGGUCAUGGAUGUGGAUGAAAAGAAUCAGAUCCUCACCACAAAUGCCUGGCUGCAGAUGCAGUGGUACGACCACUACCUCCAGUGGAACCAAUCAGAGUAUCCUGGAGUGAAGAACCUCCGUUUCACCCCCGACCAAGUCUGGACACCUGAUAUAUUGCUUUACAACAGCGCUCAUGAUAAGUUCGAUGCCACCUUUAAGACCAAUGUGCUGGUGAACUCCAGCGGCUUCUGUGAGUAUCUGCCUCCAGGAAUAUUCGUCAGCACAUGUAACGUGGAUGUGAGAUGGUUUCCAUUUGACAUCCAGCGCUGUGAGCUGAAGUUUGGCUCCUGGUCAUUUGACGGCUGGCUGCUGGACAUCCAGAUGAAGGAGGCGGACGUAUCAGGAUACAUGCGCAACGGAGAGUGGGACCUACUGGAGGUCCCUGGAGGUCGUCAUGAGGUUUUCUAUGACUGCUGUGCAGAGCCCUACCCUGACGUUACCUUUGUGGUGACAUUGCGGAGGAGGACCUUGUUUUACGCUCUCAACCUCCUCGUCCCGUGUGUGCUCCUCUCCUCCAUGACCCUGCUGGUCUUCCUGCUCCCUGCCAACUCCGGGGAGAAGAUCAGCCUCGGCAUCACGGUUCUGCUCUCUCUCACAGUCUUCAUGCUGAUGGUUGCAGAGAUUAUGCCCGCCACUUCAGAUUCUGUGCCACUGAUAGGUCAGUACUUUGCCAGCACCAUGGUGAUUGUUGGGAUGUCAGUAGUAGCCACAGUCAUCGUUCUCCAGUUCCAUCACCACAACCCCGACAGUGGGCACAUGCCGCGUUGGGUGCACUUGGUUCUGCUGCAGUGGGUUCCUUGGUUCCUGCGGAUGAAGCGUCCAGGCGAGGGAGCGGAACCAACUCUUUCCAACAGCCAGGCAGACUCUCAGAGCAAGACCCUGUCCUCUCCUACCACCACCACUACCACCACCACCAUCCCCACCCCAGUGCCCUCCAUCCUCCCACAGAGCCUCAACUCCCUGCAGGCCAGCCUCGCCCAGCUCAACUACCCUCUCCCACACCCACUGCCUCACAGGCCCAACUCCCAGGCUGUUAUCCCCCCUAAUCCCAGCCACAGCCACAGAGAUCCCAGCCCCAAUCCACACUCCCAGCCUAAUGGUCAUCUGCCUUACAUGGGCUUCCAGACCUUCCAGACUACCGCGGAACUGGAGCCAGUUCAGAGGAGCAGAACCACCAGUCAUGGGAGGUUUAACAGUGGACCUGGCGGAGGAGAGGGAGAGGGUGCAGCAGCAGCAGGAGGCGGACCGGCUGGAGAUACACCAAUCCACCACCACCUCCCAUCUUCCAAGUUCGGGAACCCUCCGCUGGAACCUCCAGUGUCCCCUGACCCUGACCCAUCAACCGCAUCCUCUGGACCCUGUGCUUUAGAGGCUGGAUCAGGAGCAGGGAGAUCAGCUGUCAUGCACACCCACAGCAGCGUGAUGCGGUCUGUGGCUGUGGACAACCAGCUGCAGGCUCUUCUGGUGGAGGUGCAGUUCUUAGUUGAGCGUGUUCGUGAGCAGGACCGGCAGCUGAGUUUGGCGGAGCAGUGGCAGUUUGCUGCAGCUGUCAUCGACCGCCUGUGCCUGGUGGGAUUCAGUGUUUUCAACAUCAUCUGUACCAUCGCUAUCCUGAUGGCUGCACCCAACUUUGGAGAAGCACUGUCAAAAGACUUCCUCUGA